AUGAAUAGAUUGUUGGUAGGAUUUCUGUUCUUUCAGUUGAUUCCUAUUAUCGAUGCUUUCUACGAUUGUCCUCGCCCGUCGUGUGAAACAUGCCUCUCUACGCUGGUUCAUGAUGCUCCCGAGAUCGGCUUCGACCUGACCCCCUCAUAUGGAACAGCUUCUAUACAGUACUACAACGGGACCGUCGUCGAAGUCGCCCAUAUCCAGGGUAAUUUCGAAUACCUUGAGCUUAUGAUGCGACUUACAGGCGAACCCAGGCCACAAUUAGACGGAACCAAUAUAUCUCCCUAUAAAGUCAUUCUUUCCCCAUUCUCUCUAUCUGACACGACUUCAUGGGGCGCUUAG